AUGGGAAAAUGUAAUCUGAAUCCAUUGUAUUUAAUCAAAAGAGAUACUGAUUUAAGUAGCAUUGACUGGUGCAAUCUCAUUGUUGAUUGUUUGGUAAGGACGAAGAAGGUUUACAACCUGGAGAAAAAAUCUUCUUUCUUUUAUGGACCAGCAGCAUACCUUAUGUUGUAUGUAAAUAGUUUCAAGUUUCAGCAUUUGCAAGUCACACGUAAACAUCCAACUAUUUUAAAUUUGACGUCAGAGAAAAUAAGGUUUCUUGAUGAUAUUUUACAAGAGAAUGGAGGAUUUGGAUGUGGAGAUGUUAAUGAACCAUAUGUUGAAGAAGAACGUCAAGAAUCUGAGUAUAAUGAGGAAGAAUCUGGUGGUGAUGAGGAUUUGUGUGAUGAGGAUGAAGAAAAUUUUGAUGUUAAUCAAGUUAAUGUUGUGGAGAGUGUAGGUCUAAUUGAUAGCCACGAAGGUGUAUCUUUUCGUCAAUUCAUCUGUGAUCCAAUUGUUGAAAGUUUUCUUAAAACUUUGGAUCAAGGUACUGAAAACUUGGUUUAUGUUUGUCUACAUCAGAAACGACUUCAAUAUGAUGCGAAUGAGAAUUUGACUGUUUUUGAGAAAAAUGAAUUUGAUGACAGCACUGUAAAUUUGGGUGAGGAUGAUAAAGUUAUUGUAGCAAAGAAGGAUGUCCAACAAGGUAGUCGUGAAACUUAA